AACCUGCGGUGAUCUGUUGUCCUACAGCGGGAAAACCGGCACGGGAUCCCUUUUGCGCCACCGAUGUCUUCACUCCAGCAGCAGUAACGGCAUUUGACAACACUGGCGCCAGCAACGCUAAUAUUGCAAAAAAGAAUUUUGUUGAGAAAAAAUUGGUUUUCACGUAAAAGGAAUUUUAAAAACAAACUAUCAAAAUGCCCAAGGGACGCGUGAGCAAUGUGUGGCAGCACUACGAUAUUAACGAGGAGUGCGAAAACUUUGCGAUAUGCCGCUAUUGCGGCAACAAUAUAUCGCGUGGUGGCAUGGCCAGCAAUUUGAAGGGCAACAAUACCACCAAUUUGUGGACGCAUUUGCGGCACAAACACAGUGAUGAAGUCCUCGUCAGUCCGGUGCAGCAGCGCACUCCAUCACGGAUAAUCCCGAUCAUCAAGAAAGAGAAAACCGUGCGGAUUACCAAGGCCAAGACGCUGAGGGAGCCACUUCGUGUGGCCAAGCCGAAGAUCGAAUCCGGCGUCGCCAGCUAUCUGGGCGAAGCUGGUGCCCUGCCGCAGAAAUGGGAGGAGUACGAGCAGAACGAUGAGAUCAGCGAGGACAUUAAGGACAUCAUCUACAGCGAGGAUCCCCUGUGCUACAGUCCCAUACACGUGAUGGACGAGGAAGGCGGCGUGGAGCAUGCUCAGGAGAAGCAGGUCACCGUGCUGAGCCACUCCAGUGCCGCCGGCGGGAGUAGCAGCAGGACCAGUACAGCAGGGCCUCAGGUGGUUCAGGCCACUGUGGUGGCCUCCACAUCGGCCAACAACUCGGCCAAGCAGCUAAAGAACAACCUGGAGACGUCCAUCGACCGACUGACCACCGUCAGUGAGCAGCUUAGCUACAUCAUCCAGCAGAACCACGAAGAGCACACUAAGGACGACGACUACUACUUCGCCCUAAGCUUGGUGCCCGUCAUGCGUCAUUUGUCGCUCAAUCGCAAGCUGUACGUGCGCUCCAAGAUCCAGGAGAUACUGUUCAAGGAGAGCGAGGACUCGGUGCCUGCCAAGGAUGAGUAGGCACCGCCACAACAUGCAAUUACCCAGAGGAUUAAGGAAACGAGAAACGGAAACAACAGGGCAUCUACAUGCCGUUGAUUAGGUUAAAUAUCUAUACAUAUGUUAUGUAUUCAUGUAAUUUAUGCUCUUUUACCAAGAGCAAAGACUUUGAUUAUUCAAUUUAUUUCAACAUUUCAAUUUUACCCAAACGCAAAACCGAAAUAAAGCUGUACGACGUAGUAAAAACAA